AUGAGUCAUGAGCAUAAAGUACAUCGGUCUGCUCUAUUUAACGACAAUGACAACUUCAUGAGUUCAGACAAUGAAGAUCAACCAUAUAUUGCGCCAAAUAUAGAGUUUGAAUUUAUUGAGGUUGAUCAGGAAGACGAACAAGAACCAUCACAGCAAAAGGAGACUGGAAAAGACCAGGGAGGGGAGGCAGAGGAAGCAGAUCAAGAGUUUGAUUUUCCAUUAUUUGCUAGUGCUGCUACUAGUGUCACUAAUACUACUACUACUACUACAACAACAACAACAAAUACUACGUGUCCUCAUCUGCUAGUGGUCGAAGAUAGAGGACGAUCUACUAUACAGAAGCCAAUAGUACAAAAGAUCUCAUUACGUGAACAUUCUGAAGAGCGCAUAAACAAUGAAAGACCGGAGUCUUUUUAUUUUGCCAACUAUACAGAACAAGAAAAGGCCCAAUUCGCUACAUGUGCUUUAACUGCGCAGGAUAUAUACGAUCAAUUCUUCAUUCGCAAGAGUAACUUUCGAUGCCUCAACCUCAAUGAAUACAAUGCCAAAGUAGAGGAAGAGAAAGCCAAGGCUAAAGCGAAAAGAAGAAACAGACCAGGAAAGAAAAAAAGAGAGAGUAAGGUACGAUGUCGGGAACGUAGAGAAGAAAAAGCAAAGUUGAUCAAACAAGCUGAGAAGGAACGAAAAAAGAAGGAGAAAUAUGAGAAAUAUGAAAAGUUCAAAGCAAGACGAGGUGGGUACGCUGGUGGACGAGGCGGUGGACGCGGUGGCAGAAAAGUAUUCCAAAAAUCGAGGGCCGGAAAUGGAAUCUCUAAUGCUAGCGCAGGUGGUGGUCGGGAUGGGAAAAUAAGUAAACCAAAGUACAGAACAGAAUAA